AAUCACACCUCAAUCUCAAUUCCUCAACGAAAGAAACAAAGAAGAGAAGAAAAAGAAGAAAUAAUGUUCAACCCCAACAUCCCCACACCCAACCCCGGCCGUCGCCAAGGAGACCCCAUCGUGAUUGCCGAUGAUGACGAGGACGAAGAACUCGAAAACGACUACCCAGAAGAGAUCUACAUCCAAGCAUUCGAAGGCGAUGAAGACUCUUUGAUCCGCGAACUCGACCUCGAAGAGAGCGAGUCGGCGGAGGACGAUGACGAUAUGCAGGUAGAGUACUCGUUACAGUCUUCGCGGCCUCAGUCGGGUAUAAUGGGGUAUACCUACCCAACAACACCAACCCCCAACCUAGGCCCAACACUCUACCAAACAACCCUCGACCAAGAACGUCAAAUACGCACUCGCCUCCGCGAAGACCGCCACGCCGCGUUAUGUGUCCUCCUAGACAGGGAACUACUGACGAUUCAAGCGUUGGCGCAUCAGGAGGUAAGAACUUCUCCCCCCUCCCCCACUUCUUCCCCAUAAAUGCAUCACUAUGUUUAACAGUACGAAUGAAUAAUAUACAGACCCUCCCCCAAUCCCGCCGAAGAUUUCUAUCCCGCCUUCUCGCCCCCGAGGACCCCGAAGCCGCGGCCUCGAUCCGCGCAGACCGGUUCACGGUACAGCAUCCUAGCACGAGCAGUAUUGCUUCGUCG